UUUGCUCUGCUUUUGCAGGUAUUUGUAUUUGAUGUUGGAGGAAAAACUUGGAAAUUCUAUGAUUGGUCACAGAUUACAACUAUAGCAACUUUUGGAAAGUAUGACCCUGAGCUAUUGUGUUAUGCUCAUUCUAAAGGAUCCAGGGUAGUAUUAAAAGGGGAUGUACCUGUGAAGGAAAUUGUUGACGCUGCUAACAGAACAGCCUGGAUAGCACAACAGGUGGACCUGGCCAAAAAUCAGUAUAUGGAUGGAAUUAAUAUAGACAUAGAACAAGAAAUUGAUGAGACGUCACCUGAGUACUAUGCAUUAACGGCUUUGGUUAAAGAAACUACUGAUGCUUUUCAUAGUGAAAUUCCAGGAUCACAGGUCACCUUUGAUGUGGCUUGGUCUCCAGCGUGUGUAGACAAAAGAUGCUACAACUACAGUGGGAUUGCAGAUGCCUGUGAUUUCUUGUUUGUGAUGUCUUAUGAUGAGCAGAGUCAGAUCUGGACAGACUGUAUUGCAGGAGCCAAUGCUCCCUACAAUCAGACCUUAGAUGGAUAUGACAGUUACAUUAAUAUGAACAUUGAACCUAAGAAGCUUGUGAUGGGUGUUCCGUGGUAUGGCUAUGAUUAUAAGUGUUUGAAUUUGUCCAAGGAACUUGUUUGUUUCCUCCCAAAUAUUCCUUUUCGAGGGGCUCCAUGCAGUGAUGCCGCAGGGAGUCAAGUCCCCUAUAGAGUAAUAAUGAAGCAGGUGAAUAGUUCUAUUUCUGGAAUUCUGUGGGAUGAGGAGCAGAAGGCUCCAUAUUAUGACUAUAAGGACCCUCUUGGUAAUUAUCAUCAAGUAUGGUAUGAUGAUCCACAGAGCAUUUCACUGAAGGCAUUGUAUGCAAAGAAACGUGGCUUAAGGGGUAUUGGCAUGUGGAAUGGAAAUUGUCUUGACUACUCCAGAGAUCCUGUAGCAGUACAGCAGACUGAAGCAAUGUGGCAAGCCUUGAGACCAUAGCAUCUGUAUAAGAUAGUAAAUGUUACCUCUGAAUUUAAAAUUUAGAAAAUUUAAUUGUUAGGUUUAAUGAUUAAUGUAAUAUUAUGCCUUCUUGGAAGCAAGCACUGGUUACAAGCAAGACUUCAUCUCAGUCUGUGCUUAGGGUAGUAUUUUUAUACUGUAGAAAGUAUAACAUUGUGUUAACACUGUUUUAACAGAUUCUGGUUGUAUUUUCACAACUUUCGUAACUGGCAUUAGUUCAUGAACUUAAUACUCAUAAUAUAUUAAACACAUAUAUGUUGAACCAUUAAAAAGAGCAUAAGCAACGGAAGUAUUCUGCACAUCCCAAUUGCUCUGCUGUCAUAAUCAGUUCUUUAGUCUGUAAACUUUGUAUUUCAUUUGUUGUCAAUGAAACAAGAAUUAAAUGUCUUUUUUAUGUUUACCU